CUGAUAGAGUGAAUGCAGCCUGACACCCCUUUAAAUGCCAUGGAUGUGCCGCCAGGGGUUUUGGACUUCAACUCCCAGAAGCUCCAGCUAGUUUGGCUAAUGGCAAGGAAUUAUGGGAGCUGAAGUCCAAGCAGUCUUAACGCCUGCUCAUACAGUACUGCGUCUGGCCGGAAGGGGCGGGACGAAAGCCAAGAGUGACAGCUAGGAGAGCUGCUUCCCAGAAAGAGAGGAGGAAGAAGUAGGGACUUUUGGGGCUCAAGGGGAGGCAAGGCAGGACUUGGCCUGCCCAGUCGUUUUCCAGAAGGAGAAAGAGAGCCCAAUGAAAUGUGGGGCAGGAGAAGUAUUGGGUUCCCAGGCAGAAUGGGACAGGAUGCCCUGGAUAAGAACUUCAGCCGAGACCUUUACUACCAGCGCUUCCGGUGCUUCCGCUUCCAGGAGGCCUUGGGGCCCCGAGAGGUUUGCAGCCGCCUCCACUCUCUCUGCCGCCUGUGGCUGAAGCCCGAGCGACACUCCAAGGCAGAGAUGCUGGACCUGGUGCUCCUGGAGCAGUUCCUGGCCGUCCUUCCUGCGGAGAUGGAGUGCUGGGUGAGGGAAUGUGGGCCAGAGACCAGUUCCCAGGCCGUGGCUUUGGCUGAAGGAUUCCUCAUGAGUCGGGCACAAGAGGAGAAAGAGAAGGAACAACAGGCCUCGUUUGCAGAAGAGGUGGCUAUGAUAAAGAUGUCCUCUUCUGAAUCCCAGCAAAGGCUGCACCCAAAGAGGAACAAGGUCCAUUGGAGCAGAGCAUCCCCCUUUGAGGAAUAUGGAAGGAAGGCAGGACCUCUGUGUACAAGGCCAUCUUCCCCUCAGGAUGCUCCCAGGACACCUUCUGUUCACCAGGACCAGAUGACCUUCAGGGAGGUGGCGGUGGAUUUCUCCACGGAGGAGUGGGCCUUGUUGGGUCCAGACCAAAGGGAUCUCCACAGCGAAGUCAUGGCGGAGAAUUGGGGGAUUGUAUCCACUCUGGGGGCUGGUGGGCAAGAGAAUGAGGAGGGAGAACCAUGCAGCAUGUUCAUGCAAAACAUUCAACGUGAACACAUGGAAGAGGAUGAAACAAAAUGUAAGAUUGAGGAGGAGAGGAGGAGCCCAUCCCCUGUUUUGCAAACGGAGAAUAUACACGAACUGUCCUUCCAAGAAGUAACACUGAAAGGGGGGGAGGAGAGGAGUGUCUGUGUGUGCAUUGCCUGUGGGAUCAGCUUCCAUUCCAGAACCAGCCUCAUUCUUCACCAAAGGACUCACGUCUGCAAGAAGCUCUUCCUGAGCGAGGGGCACGAAUAUGCCUCUGCGCUGAUUGCCUAUGAAGUAACUCGCACGAAUGAGAAACCCUUGCAGUGCUUGCAUUGUGGGAAGCGCUUCAAGUUGGAGUCAUGCUUGAGGACACAUGCAAUGACCCACAUGGGGGAGAAGCCUUUCCAAUGCCAGAAGUGCGGGAAGCGCUUCCAGCAGCUGGCGCACGUCAGCCGCCACCAGGCAACUCACAGUGAGAAGCCCUUCAAGUGCCUGAAAUGCGGGAAGGGGUUCGGCCAGAAGAGCAGCCUCAUGCGGCACUUGGCCACCCACUCAGAGGAGAGGCCCUAUCAGUGCGUGGCCUGCGGAAAGAGCUUCAGGCAGAAGAGGGGCCUCCUUUGCCACCAGAUGACACACACCGGGGAGAAUCUUUCAAUCUGCUUCCAGUUUUGAAAGAAGGCCUGCCUUGUUCCCCAACGUACAUGGGAGAAGCCAUUUCAGCAGCAGGUUUUGGAAAAGCAUGACCUUUCAGAGAAGAGCCAAAAACCUGUUUGAGUAGAAUCUUCUCAAGUGGUAUACAACCAGAAGUAAUAUGCAAGGCAAUUGGCUUCAGUUAUUAGACUGAACCUAUUGUCUCUGAUCUGUUAAGAAAACAGAGAUUUGCCAGUGCAUAAAAACAGCAGUGUUUCAGAAGUGUUUUUCAGUGCCCAAAAAUAUAUCUACUCUCCCAUAAAACAACUUGUUUCCAUAUCAUGCAUUCAGGAGACAAACAUGAAGGAGUUUGGUAAAAUAACAUAUUUUGUUUACUCACAACUUCAUGAGUUCAGCAUAACACAGAUACAUCGCUUAUCAGUCCAGUUUCAGAUAUAUUUGAGAUAAUCUCUGUGCAACAACAGCAGGCAUUUUUUUGUGUCAGGCGUGACUUGAGAAACUAAGCUGCUUCUGGUGUGAGAGAAUUGGCUGCCUGGAAGGAUGUUGCUCAGGAGACACCUGGAUGUUUGAUGUUUUACCAUCCUGUGAGAGGCUUCACCCAUGUCCCUGCAUGGGGAGCUGGAGCUGACAGACGAGAGCUCACCCCGCUCCCCAGAUUCGAACCGCCGACCUUUCGGUCAGCAGUCCUGCCGGCACACAUUGUUCCUAGGCAUGUGUUGAUCUGAGCAGUCCAAAGUCUAAAGCAUCUCAUGGAGUCUGUGCUCUAGUGGUCCCAGAUUUGACCAUAUGGCCUGCAGCCCCUCCCAGGAUCUCAAGAAACAUAGAGUAAAGGGAAAGCUGCAUAUGAAAGCUUACAUAUACAAUACAGUAAGCAAACAGAAUCAUACACAAACAAAUUAAUAGUGGAGACUUGAAGAAGGCUGCUAUUUCCAACAACUGUAGUGUGGAAAGAGUUUCAGGAAAAGGACAUUCUCAUUGGAAAAACAGAACAAAGGGAGAUGUACAGGGCACUUCAAAAAUAAUCCCAGUAAUGAUUUACUGACAGCUAUGGAACACAGAAGACCUCUAAGUUGGCAGAGGUACACUCUGGGAUAACAUUGGUUUCUAACAUGAGCAAAGAAUUGAACAAAGUCAGUGAAAAAAAUGGAAAAAGAAAAGGGAGUGUUUUGUUUACUUUGUUGAUAGGAGCAGCUGGAAAUAUCUGUGUCAAGAAAAUCAGUUUUGCAGUGAGAAAGGUACCCAUGUAAUGUAUAUAUGCCAAAUUGUUUGACAGUGAACUUCCUGCCCAUUUAAAGGACAUUGAGAAGAAUAUGUGUAGAGAAGUCAUAGCUAUUGUGUUUAAAUUAUGUCUGUUGGAGUAUGUAUUUGUGUUUUAGUUGACAGUAGCCAUUUUGAAACAUGAAUGAUACAGAAGCCAUUUUGUUUCAUUUCACAGUGGUUCGGUUACCAUGGAGACGAAGCUGGCUAGCUCAUGAGAGGGAGAAGUGGGCGGAGCCAGGGAAAGGAAAAAAGAGCAGUUUUAAAAAGAGAGGCGAGAGUGUGUGUGGGAAAGAAGGAGAGAGUGUGUGUGUGUGCAUGGCUGGAGGCAUUUCAGUCAGGAAGUGCUGAAAAGACAGGCCUGGCAAAGAAAUCUUUAGUCAGGACAGACUAAAGGGAGUCUAGUAAGAUCUCUAGUUGAGAGAAGACUAGUGAUCAGGGAUUUGAUCGGUAUUGGAUCAAAUUAUUAGUUUUAUUGUAGUUGAGACAUUGUCCAUUAAGGAACUCGGCUGAGGUUAGAGUUCGCUACAAUUGGAAACAUCAGUAGGAGAGUGAAAGGGGAUUUACACCAAAGACUACUGUUGGGUGGUUAUAGAGUUAUUAAACCACUUGUUUAUUUAAAGUUUCAUAAGUUAAUCAAUCAAACCUGCAACCAUAAGCUUUGUGCGCAAUAAACUUGUUAUUUGUUAACAA